UUCGGAUUUCCUCACUCCCUCCUCAGCCAUCUUUGUUGGACGUAAGGACUAAGUCUAUAACAAUUGUCGAACCCGGCUCGUUCCACGUGUAAUGUACGAAUCGCAAUGCAGAAUGCGUUCAUUUCAUAUUAGAGAAGACGAUUCACGACGGCGGUUCAAUUUAUGAUAAUCAAAAUUCUUGAAUCAAUGCGCUUACUCCCGUUUUCCUGAAUCUGCUAAUUAAUGGGAGCACCUAAGCAAAAGUGGACUGCAGAAGAAGAAGCAGCUCUAAAAGCUGGCGUCCUCAAGCAUGGGCCCGGAAAGUGGCGUACGAUUCUCAAGGACCCACAGUUCAGUGGAGUUUUGUAUCUAAGGUCCAAUGUUGAUCUAAAGGACAAAUGGAGGAACAUGAGUGCCAUGGCAAAUGGAUGGGGAUGUCGAGAAAGAGCCAGACUGGCAUUGAGGAGACACUCUGCCUCCAAGCCUGGAGAAAGCUCCGUCUCUCUUUCGGCAGUAAGUGAAAGUGAUGAAGAAAUGGUUGAUGUUACAAGGCCACAAACUGGUUCAGGUGGUUCUUCGCCCAAUGAUGUUCCAAAGGGGUCCAUAAUGCGGUUGGAGAUUCUCAUAAUGGAGGCUAUAAACAACUUGAGGGAGCCUGGUGGUUCCAGCAAGAGAACCAUAGGAUCAUACAUAGAGUUAGCCUUGGAAACAAAUAACCCUCUUUUUUCAUAUCUUGCUCUCCUCCGCAGCCGCCGCAGGGGUGAACGUUCAGGUCUGUGGGGGUUGGCUUCAGUUGUUGUGAUCUACUUCGAUUCAGUUGAGAACACUGAAAUGAGUUUCCGUAGAAAGGAGUUUUCUUUUCCGAUCACGGAUCAAUACUGGGCGCCUCCAAACUUUACAAAAAUAUUGUCUGGGAAACUGAAGCAGUUGUGCUCAAUGGGAAAACUUAUCAAGAUAAAACGCAGGUUCAAAAUAGCCCCUUUGGCAGCACCAUCCCUUCCGAGACGAAUGCCGUCCAAUUCGAACCUCGAGGCUAGGAGGCGUAGGAUCUCCGCCAGAAUCGGCCCUCCUGAGAAUUUCAGUUACUUGAACGAGGAGGACAUUGAUAUGGAUGAGGACUGGGAUCUGUCUCGACUCACCCCAGCUGAGGCUGCCGCCGCUGCCGCCCGAGCCGUGGCCAAAGCCGAAGAGGCGAUGGCGGCGGCCGAGGAGGCACUUCGUGAGGCCGAGGCAGCCGAAGCUGAGGCUGAGGCAGCUGAGGCUUAUGUGCAGGCAGCGUUGAGGACAAUGAGAGGUGGCCGGAAACUCCCGUGAGAUGGUGAUGUUUCAUGGUUGAUGGAGCCCAGUGUGUGGAUUAACCCAGUUAGAGCAAUGUGUCUAGUUUGGACCCAAUUUCUGUUUCUGUUACAAGCUGCUCUAUGUAAUGUGUUAAAUUGUUGUUUAACCUGUACAUUGCUGUGGCCUUCAGGGAUUGUUACCAUUAUUUAUAUUUUUAUCAGUUGUUUUCUGCUACAUUUUCUUAGGACUAAUGCUUGUUUGCUCCAGGUUGAAAAUAGCUGGAGAGAUGGUAUCAGGAUUCAGGAAAUUAAAAUUGUUUAUUAACAUUUUCUCUAUCAUUUUCUUAUCUUGCCAAAGAAAAAAA